UAAACUGUUUUGCCUUCUCCCAAUGUUUAUCAAACAAAAUCUUAUUCUCUAUUCUCUAUUUUUUAAGCUUUGUAUGUGAUGCUGUUGAUGGCUGGUGUGCCCGCAAAUUCAAUCAAGGUAAAGUUUGGUUUUUUGCUGACUCUUUUACUGAUUAUUGAGUCCUUCAAAAUCGUCUGGAACUUUAAAUCUGGAAAAUCAGUUCGAAACUGAGGGAAUGCCAAUAUAUCACAGCUAUAAUUUGCUUAGAUAUUUCUUUGAGACACAUUUACAGUAUGAAUUUCAGGUAAUAAUAAUACUGAUUUUCACACAUUCGUAAGGUUCAUGCUAAAGAGGACACAUAUAUGUAUUUUUCUACUACUUUUCACUUAACUAUGGGUUAUUUAGUGGCAAAUUUAGAUGAAGAUAUAAAGUGUCCACCAAAUGUGGAUUCAUCAUGUGCUGACUGCCAAGGCCAUAAGCAAGUAUUAAACAAGAAAAUAGAAGGAUAACGUGGCAUAUAUGCUAAAGACUAAAGAGAGUUGGCUUAAUUGGUAUGAUCAACCAUCAUUGACGAAAAAGGUCUUGGGUUCAAAUUUUCUGCUAGUGGUCUUUCAUUGGUAUGUAAUGUUGUCAACCUUUGGAGCUGUGCUGGACAUGGUAACAGACAGAAUUAGCACUGCUUGUCUACUUGUAGUCCUUUCCCAACUGUACAAGCCUAGCCUUAUCUUCUUGUCAUUGCUUGCUUUAGAUAUUGCCAGCCACUGGCUGCAAAUGUACAGCACUUUCUUGACGGGAAAGACUAGUCAUAAAGAUGUAAAAGACAGCAGCAGCUGGCUUUUCAGGGCAUACUAUGGAAAUAGGAUGUUUAUGGCUUACUGCUGUGUCUCAUGUGAGGUUCUUUACUUAAUCCUGUUUUAUCUUGUGGAGAAUCAAACACAGAAACUGGUGGACGUUAUAUCAAGUAAUUUACAAAAGAUAUCAUUACUUUCUCUCCUAAUGGGUUCUAGUUUAUUUGGAUGGGCAGUCAAGCAAAUUAUAAAUGUUAUCCAGAUGAAGACAGCAUCAGAUGCAUGUGUGCUUUAUGACAUCGAAAAAAAACAUAAGAACUGAUAUUUCUUCCACGACCCGAAUCCCUUAUCUUUGUUUUUCAGUACCAAGUUGUGCGCUCAAAGAUUAAUAUGAAUUAUCCCAGAUGGCAAUUGGGAUUGAAUUGUUCGGUUUUCUAUAAUUUGUAAUGAAAGAAAAAGAACAUACUGAACUAAAGAAUCUACCUUUCCAUAUAGCUGAAAGAUUCUGUAGCGCAAUGUUCAGUGCUUUUUUGUUUAGCCGCUGUUAAUCACACUGCGACGCUAAGAAAGAUUUGUUCA